GUUUGCAGGGUGGAUUUGAAUGCAGCUGAUUUGAAGCGAGCAGUGAGGAGAGUUCAGUUAUUUAGUUAUUUUUAUUUAAUUUAAAUUCACACUUUUUACACAGUUACGGGUUUAUAUGCGUGUUUAUAUAUUUAGUUGAUUAUUUGUAGUAUUUAGAUUGUAGUUGAGUGUUUUUGAGAUGAAGGCUGAGGGCGGUGGAGUGUGUGUAUCUGAGGGUGGAGAGCAGCGGCCGGUGGAUGAUCAACAGCAACAACCGGACCAGACCGACCCAGAGCCAGAACCAGAGCCAGAGCCAGAACCUGAACCAAAACCGGCGCCCAGACUCUUACCCAGAGCGAUGUUUCAGGAUGACGAGCACGAUGAAGAGGAGGAUGACGAGGAUGACGAUGAAGAAGAUGACAGCGGCACAGAUGGGCUGUCUAACGAUGAAAAGCUGUGCACACAUUUACAGCGGGCCGAGGCGUUCGGGAGCGCGGGGCUGCCUCACAUCUUCCAAACCAACCAUCUGCUUUUCUACGAGAGAUUCAAAGCCUAUCAGGAUUACAUGCUCGGCGACUGUAAACCUUCAGAGGUGCAGGAGUUCACUGCGGAUUACCUGGAGAAGGUGGUGGAGCCAUGUGAUUGGCAGGCGCUGUGGCACACUGACAUGGUUGAUGUUCUAGUUGAAGUGGUGGAUGUUGACUAUAAGGAGCUGAAGGGGAAGGUGGAGCUAGUGGAGCCCCUGCAGUGCGAGUAUCGAGGUUGUGACCUCACUGAGGACUCGGUGAAGACGUUACUGGAGGCCAAGCAGAAUAAAGUCCCGCUGCAGGAGCUCCAUGUGGUUUAUGAUGAAUCCGGAGAAUUCGACCAGACAGCUCUCGCUCUGGAACAUCUCAGGUUUUUCUAUAAGCACAUAUGGAGGCCGUGGGAUGAAGAUGAGGAUGAUGAGUUUGAUUACUUCGUUCGCUGUGUGGAGCCUCGUCUCCGAAUGUAUUAUGAUAUUCUGGAGGAGCGUGUGGCUCCGGGUCUGGUGGAGGAGUACCGCUCGGUUCUAGAUCGCUGUUCUCAGAAGUUCCGGGAGUUCUCCAGCCUGAGGAACGUUCUGAGCAGCGAGCCGGACUCCGAGCUCAAUAACGUCUCCAUGGUGGAGGGUCUGCGCAUGUGUGAGCAGAUGGAGGCACUCAAACGCAAACUGCUCAUCAUCGAGAACCCGCUGCUCAGGUAUGUUCUGGGCCACAGGAUGAACUGUGGUCAGCAGUCCUGCAGUGCUAAAGGUGAGCGUGCUGGCGGGGGCAGGGUGGUACACGUGGUCUCCAGCUCCAGCACCGUCCAGCUGCUGCAUGGAUUAAUGACAGAGAAGCUCCUCCCACUUUACUCGGGCCGGGAGUACGAGGUGCAGUUUCACAGUGACCCGUCGGUCGCAGUCAGCUCCUGUUAUGAGGGUGAUGUGGUGAUUAUCUGCCCGGGUCAUUACACCAUCACCAACCCCAUCAGCAUCGCAGACUCCAUCCAGGUGGAAGGUUACGGGCUGCCGGACGAGAUCGUUAUCGAGAAGAAGAAUAAAGGAAAUACGUUCGUGGAGUCGAGCGCCGCCAGCGCCAAGAUCUCCAACCUGAAGUUCAUCCAGCAUGACGCUAUAGAGGGCAUCAUGUGUGUGAGGCAGGGGAAGGUAGAGAUGGAGAACUGUGUGUUUCAGUGUGAGACGGCCGGCGUGAUCGUCAGAUCCUCGGCUCAGCUCAUCAUGAACAUGUGUGAUCUUUACGGCUCUCAGGGGGCCGGUGUGGAGAUCUAUCCGGGCAGUGUGUGCAGUCUGGUGGGGAAUGGGAUCCAUCACUGUAAGGAGGGCAUCCUGAUUAAAGUCAUGAAGGACAUUGCGGACGCGAUGGACGUCCUGCCUCAGAUCACGAUGGUGAAUAACGUGAUUCACAAUAACGAGGGGUACGGAGUGAUCCUGGUGAAACCGGACACUUGCAGCGCAGAGCCUGCGGCGUCCCAAACCACAGAAGGUGAACUGGAAGACCAAUCAGAAGGCGGAGCAGCAGAAGGAGAGGGCGUGGCCGCAGCAGCAGAAGGAGAGGGCGUGGCCGGAGCGGCAAGGGCGGGGUCAGGCUGUGCUAUACCUGUUAUCGUGGUGGAGGAAAGUGCAAGUCCUUCAGGAAUCACAGAUGGAGGUGAUGUCAUGGUGCAGGGGGGGAUGGUGACUACGCGCCGUCUGGUGAAAAGUCGUGCGAAGGAUUUGGGCACAACGCAGGCCGACGAAAACCUGCUGUCCCAGGACAUGUUCGUCUCUAUCGAGGGGAAUCAGUUCCGCCGUAACGGGAUGGGCAGCUUUGGGACGCUCCUGUACUGAGAACUGAUGAAGAGCAAAUGAAGAGCACGACACACUUUAACACACACACACCUUAAUACACACCUUAAUACACA